CAGGGCGUCGUAAUGUUGGACGGAUAGGCCUCGUCCCUCCUGAGGGAGGGGCUGCAUCGGGACAAAACCAGGUGCGCCGGCGGCGGCUGCCGCCAUGGACUCGUUCGACUCGCUGCUCACGUGCUGCAUCUGUCUGGACCGCUUCCGAAACCCCAAGCUGCUGCCAUGUCAGCACACCUUCUGUAUGGAGCCCUGUAUGGAGGGCCUGAUCGACUAUGUCAAGCGCCAGGUGAAAUGUCCCGAGUGCCGCGCGGAACACCGGAUCCCGUACAAGGGCAUCCAGGAGUUCCCCAGCAACGUGACGAUGCAGCGCUUCCUGGAGAUGUACCAGGCCAUCUCGGGCGAGCUGCCCGACCCCAACCAGGGCCAGGUUAUGGAGCGGUGCGCGAUCUGCAACGAGAAGGAGUACCUGCAGCCGUGCGCGCACUGCGACAAGAAGAUCUGCCCGGACUGCAAGUCGGCGCACGUGGACGUGCUGAAGCGCGAGGUGGUGCGGAUCAACAGCCAGGUGAGGCGCGGCCUGCACCGGCUCCAGGACAUGCACCAGGCGGUGGACAAGAACGCCAGCACGGUGCAGCAGAACUGCCUGGCCGUGCGUGAGGAGGUGGAGAGCCUCGGCAAGCGGCUCAUCAAGGCCAUCCGCGACCGCACCGAGUGUCUGAAGGCCGAGGUCGACUCGCACAUGGCCAGCGAGGUGCGCAGUCUGGCUACGCUCAAGGCCCACCUCGAGCUGGAGAUCGCCAACAUCGAGAGCAACUCGGACCUGGCCGAGAAACACCUGCACGACAACACCGCCUGGGAUGACUGCGAGCUUAUGGACGCCAAGGACAUCUUCCUCAAGACUGUGGAGUUCAUCCGCAACUUUGAGCACGACGUGCCGGGCGGCAGCGACUACCGGCGGCCAAUCCGCUUCUCCGCUGCGCAGGAUCCCAACCUGCUCAGCAAGACACUCGAGCACUUCGGCGAGCUCAACAUCACCAAGAAGGAGCUGCAGGACGCCGUCGGCAACGGCAACGCCUCCAACGGCUUCGCGCUCAUGCACUCGUCGUCGUCAGCUGGGCCGGGCCUCAUGCGCAGCAAGUCAGACCACCGGCUGGUGGCGCAGCUCCGCCAGCAGGAGGAGCGCGGCCUCGCCGACGACACCGGCCGCGGCUCUCCCGCCAGCCGACGCCGCUUCGGCGACCGCGCCGGCCGCCGCGACAGCGAGGCUGGUCUGCAUGGCGACGACUCGGCCGGCGGCGACUCUCCUUGCGAACGGCGCCACAAGUACCGCUCGCGAUUCACGCGGCGCACGCUGGACCUGGAUGACGACCUGGAAAGCUACCGGCCUGAGCCGUCGCCGGCGGCGCGAGACGAGCCGCGCGAGAAGAGACGGCCGCGCGAGAAGGUGCUCGACACGGAGGACGCCUCGCGCGGGCCGCUCAGUGGCAUCGCGCGCAUCGCCGACGUACCGCGCGUCAUCCAAAAGCUGGCGGAGGCGGAGCGCGGCCCGCGGGUGCCGGAGGAGAAGAGCGAGGACGACGAGAUCUCCAAGAUCAAGAAGCAGAACAAGGAGGCGGACCGGCGCCCGUCGCGCUCCAACAGCUCCGAGUCGACCUCGUCUGAGUCGUCGGCCAGCGCCGCCAUACCCAAAACGGGCGCCGCCUUCUCCACCACCGAGCUGAAGAGCCGCUUUAUGCGCGGUCGAGCUGGUACUCCCAAGGCAGAGGUCUCGAAAGAAUCCACGAGUAGCGAGGACUCGUCCGAGUCCGAGUCUGAGUCGUCCGACAGCGACUCUGACUCGGAGGACGCUCUCGCGCGCGACUCGUUUCGCGGUCGGGCCAGCAACAACAUGGCGAAGACCAGCAUCGGACCUCUCCUUGCUCGGAGUGCCCAAGCGCGCAGCUCUGCGUCCGACGCGCCACCUGGCGCGGCCGGCGCCAGCCGGCCCUCCCGCAGCUCCACACUGGCGAGCGGCGUGCGCCGCGAGUCCUCCGACUACAGCGCCCCAGCCGCAGCCAGCAGCGACCGCUACUCGAGCCGCUACGGCGCGACGGAUACGGCCGAGCCCAGGCCGUACGAGUCGCGCUACAGCCGCUACGGUGACUAUAAGCCGAGCAACGGGUUGACGCGCUCGCGCACCUCGUCCCACCUCGAGUCGCGCUCGUCGGCCGUCGAGCCCGACUCGUACUCGUCCUACUCGUCCAAGUACUCGCGGCCGUCGCGGCCGUCCUACGACGACUACACGCCGCGCUACUCGUCCUACUCAUCGCGGUUUUUAAACACAAGUGAGAGCUCUGCUGCGCCCGACGCGCCGGCGGAGUCGGCGCAGCGAAGCGGCGACGGUGGCGCCGCCGCCGGAGACAUGCCGCAGCCGGCGGCGGACGCUGCCAGCAAGUCCGAGGCCCUCUCCAACUGGGCGCAAUAUCUCAAGAGCAAGUACGGCUACUCCGGCAAGGACGGCAAGGAGAAGAGCAAGGGGGUGAGCAGGAGCAGAUCUUCGCACCUGCUGAGGCUGCUCCCCGAUGACAGCCGGCCAGAGGAGGCUGACAGGGAACAGGUGGCGCUGCCGUCGCCCACGGCCGCCUCUGUCUCGCUGGGCUGUCCAGUGCGCAGCCACUACUUGCAGAAGGGUCGGCUCAAGUUCAAGAUCGGCUCACGCGGAGGCGGGCCGGGCCUGUUCACCUGGCCGCGGGGCAUUGCCGUCGGCCCCGACAACUCUAUCGUCGUCGCCGACAGCAGCAACCACCGCGUGCAGGUGUUCGACCAGGCCGGCACCUUCGUCAAGGAGUUCGGCCAGUACGGCAACGGCGAGGCUGAAUUCGACUGUCUGGCCGGCGUGUCUGUCAACAUGAUCGGACAGUUUAUCAUAUCGGACAGAUACAAUCACCGGAUCCAGAUAUUCGACCCGUCUGGCCGGUUCCUGCGCUCAUUCGGCCAGAACGGUGUAAUGGAGGGCCGCUUCAACUACCCCUGGGGCGUCAGCACGGACGCACUCGGCUUCAUCUACGUCUGCGAUAAGGAGAACCACCGCGUCCAGGUGUUCCAGUCCGACGGCACGUUCGUCGGCACCAUCGGCUCCGAGGGACGCAGUUCGGGCCAGCUAGCACAUCCACACUACAUCGCCGUCAGCGCCACCAACCGCGUCGUGGUCAGCGACAGCAACAACCACCGCGUGCAGGUCUUCGAUGUCAACGGCAAAUGCCUGACCACCUUCGGCGGCGAGGGUGGUGAGGAGGGCAAGUUUAAGUUCCCCAGGGGCGUCGCCGUCGACGACCAGGGCUACAUCGUCGUCGGCGACUCGGGCAACCACCGCAUCCAGAUCUUCAACCCCGACGGCGAGUUUCUCAAGGCGUUCGGCUGCUGGGGAAAUCAGGACGGCGAAUUCAAAGGCCUGGAGGGCGUGGCGGUGACGUCCAACGGCAGCGUGCUGGUGUGCGACCGCGAGAACCACCGCGUGCAGGUGUUCUGAGCAGCCGCCGUGCUGCCGCCGCCCGGCGCUGGUGGGAGACCCUUCAGAACACGAGACGUGCCGCCCGGCCGCCGCGAGAGACAUCUACCGGAACCCGGCCCAACUCCACACGGCCGCCGCAGACAUCGCGUAGAACUAGCCAGAUGUAUUUGCUGACCGACUCCGUGUGUUCACGGAGUGUAGUUGUUCAAGUUCACCGGUGAAGAGAGGCUACAAUGGCUCACCGGACCCAUACGAUAGUGCCUCCCUUCCCGCGCCGUCCCAUUGUUUUGUAUAGAAUUUGUACGACGCCUCACGAACGACUUUGGAGCUUCAUGACGCAACCGAGUAUGGUAAUGCAAAAUGAGCAGGCAAUAAAUGAAGAUCAAUCCUA